AUGUCCAGGACACUGAAGAAGAAGAAACACUGGUCCGGUAAAGUGGUGGAGUGCGCGGUGUCAUGGGGGAACUUGGGGGACUUUGGCACCGUGGUGGAGGUCCUCGGAGGAGCCGAGCUGGGCCAGUUCCCUUACCUGGGCCAGAUGAAGCUGGACGUGCUGGUGUGUCACGUCGGGAAGCUGCCCUACUACGGGGACGUCCUGCUGGAGGUGAACGGGACCCCCGUCAGUGGACUUACAAACCGGGACACCCUGGCUGUCAUCCGCCACUUUCGGGAGCCGAUUCGCUUGAAGACGGUGAAACCAGGUAAAGUAUUGAACACGGACCUGCGCCACUACCUCAGUCUGCAGUUUCAGAAGGGCUCGCUGGACCACAAGCUCCAACAGAUCAUACGGGACAACCUCUACCUACGCACCAUCCCCUGCACCACACGGAUUCCUCGAGACACGGAGGUGCCAGGAGUGGACUACAACUUCAUCAGUGUUGGAGACUUCAGGAUCCUGGAGGAGAGUGGACUUCUGCUGGAGAGUGGGACCUACGAUGGUAACUACUACGGGACCCCGAAGCCUCCGGCGGAGCCCAACCUGGUGCAGCCGGACCUGGUGGAUCAGGUGCUGUUUGACGAAGACUACGGUGGCGAGGUCCCCAGGAAACGCACCACCUCAGUCAGCAAGAUGGACAGGAAGGAUAGCGUGGUCCCUGAGGAGGAAGACGACGAUGAGAGGCCACCGCUGGUCAAUGGACUGCCCGAGCACAAAGAGGGGGCAGACUGGAGGAAAGCGGUGCCCAGCUACAACCAGUCCAGCAGCAGCAUGGACUUCCGUACAUGGAGCUCGCUGCCCCGCGACGACAGCCUGGAGCCCCUGCCCCUUAACUGGGAGAUGGCUUACACUGAGACCGGCAUGGUCUACUUCAUAGAUCACAAUACCAAGACGACCACGUGGUUGGACCCCCGCUUGGCGAAGAAGGCGAAGCCCCCUGAGAAGUGUGAGGACGGAGAGUUACCUUACGGCUGGGAGGAAAUUGACGACCCACAGUACGGCACAUACUACGUCGACCACAUCAACCAGAAAACCCAGUUUGAGAACCCGGUCCUGGAGGCGAAGAAGAAGCUGAGCCAGGAAACGGCUGCGAUCCAACAAGCCGCGGUGGCACCUUCCCAAGGUAAGGGAGGUGCGUUCGCCUUCACCUCCGACCCCAGCGAGCUGCAGGGUGAGUUGUACCACACGGCGCUGAAGAAGAGCGCCCAGGGAUUUGGAUUCACCAUCAUCGGCGGCGACCGCACUGACGAGUUCCUGCAGGUGAAAAACGUGCUUGGCGACGGCCCUGCCGCCCACGACAACAAGAUGGCGUCCGGUGAUGUCAUCGUUGAGAUUAACGGGUUGUCUGUGCUGGGCAAAACCCAUCCAGAGGUGGUGCAGAUGUUCCAAUCCAUCCACAUCAACCAGUAUGUGGACAUGGUCCUCUGCCGUGGCUACCCGCUCCCUCCAGAUGUGGAUCUAAGCAGCGACGACCCUCUCCCGCCUCCUCCUCCCCCACCGGCCACCCAGCCCCAGCAGGCCCUCCACGGCGGUGAGGUGGUGACCGCCGUGCCCCUCAUCAACGGGCAGCCGCUGCUCGUGAAAGGCGACGUCCUCCACGGCUCCUCCCAGGAGCUCCACUACGUCACCACGGAUGCCAUCGGCCGGCCCGUCGUGGCGGCCUUGCCCAACGGGAGGCAAGGGGAGCAGGCUGAGCUGGCUGCGGGGAUGCUGCAGCCGGAGCUGGUGAGCGUGCCGCUGGUCAAGGGGCCCGGGGGAUUCGGGUUCGCCAUUGCUGACUGCCCACUGGGUCAGAAGGUGAAGAUGAUCCUGGACGCCCAGUGGUGCCGUGGCCUGCAGAAAGGAGAUGUCAUCAAGGAGAUCAACAGGCAAAAUGUCCAAACGCUGAGUCACGCCCAAGUGGUGGACAUUCUCAAAGACUUGCCAGUGGGCAGCGAGGUCAACGUGCUAGUGCUGCGAGGAGUGCCCAUGGGAGGGGAAGUCAGCGUGCUGAUACUGACGGGAGGUCAAACAUCCCCUGUGAAGAGUCUAAAGCCUAGACAGGAAAUGACGGCCAGUACAGAGACUUUGGACGCUUUGAUAGACUCCGCCCCCCAGGCCCUGCCUUACCACUCCAACACGAGCACCCUGCGCUCUGCCGACUCCCCCAAACGAGAUGCCACGGAGAUGUACCUGAAGUCCAAAGCCCUGCUGGACAGCAGACAGCCUCACACCAAAGACAUAGAUGUUUUUCUAAAGAGAGACAUUGAGACAGGAUUUGGCUUCCGUGUUCUGGGAGGAGAAGGUCCACAACAGCCAAAUGUUUUCCCCCAGGUGUACAUUGGGGCCAUCGUGCCCAACGGAGCGGCAGAGAAAGACGGCCGCCUGAGAGCUGGAGAUGAGCUCAUCGGCAUCGAUGGCGUGAUGGUUAAAGGUCGUUCGCACAAGCAGGUGCUGGAUCUGAUGACCAACGCUGCCCGUAACGGCCAAGUCAUGUUGACUAUACGCAGGAAGGUCAUCUACAGAGAUGCCACUGAGGAAGAGGCUCUGGAAAUGGCUCCAGUGCUGGUGAACGGUUCUCCCAAGCUACCUCGCCUGCCGAUGCCCAGCGCUCUGGACCACGAGUCUUUUGACAUCACGCUCCACCGCAAAGACUCCGAGGGCUUUGGCUUCGUCAUCCUCACCUCCAAGAGUAAACCGCCGUACGGAGUUAUUCCUCACAAAAUUGGCCGUAUCAUUGACGGCAGCCCAACCGACCGCUGCGGCCUGCUGCACGUCGGAGAUCGUAUCUCGGCGGUCAACGGGCGCUCCAUCAUUGAGCUCUCUCACAACGACAUUGUGCAGCUCAUCAAGGAAGCCGGCAGUGUUGUCACCCUCACUGUGGUUCCUGAGGACGAAUACAAGGGCCCUCCAUCUGGAGCCAGUUCAGCUAAACAGAGUCCAGCUCUCCAGCACAGAGCCGUCGGACAAAGGUCCACGCUGCAGGAUGAACGUUACAACCUGGACCUGGAAGACAAAAGGGAUGGAGUCAACUGGUCUGAACACAAAACUCUUCCACUUAGUGAGCAGGGAACAAUGUGUGUGACAGGACCCAACCAGGGCUGUCUGACGGUGGAGCUAGAGAGGGGCCCCAGGGGCUUCGGCUUUAGCCUGCGAGGAGGAACAGAGUACAACAUGGGCCUGUACAUCCUGAGACUGGCUGAGGAUGGACCUGCUCAGCUGGAUGGAAGGAUCCAUGUUGGAGAUGAGAUCGUGGAGAUUAACGGGGAGCCGGCACGCGGCAUUUCCCACACACGGGCUAUUGAACUGAUCCAGGCCGGAGGAAGCAAAGUGGUCCUGCUGCUCAGACCUGGGGCGGGCCUGGCUCAAGAUGGCAGUCAACAUGAUCAAAAACCCAUUUCACCCACAGGCUACUCCGGAGAGGUGUUUUACUCUAAUACAUCACCCCUCUCCCCUCCAUAUCCCACCGGGGCUUCCAUCUACACUAACUCUCCCUUCUCAAGCAAACUGAAACAUUCCCACAGCUUGAGCAGCAUCUCUCCACGAGGCCACCGGCCCCGCAGCACCAGGGCUUUAAGCUCAGUGGAGGAGAGUGGCGAGUGGGUAGACAAGGAGGUAGAAAGGCCUUCUCCCGCCUCCCCAGAACAUAUGAACUUCUACAAGAGGACCAGGCCCACGAAAGACCCCAGAGAGCUAAGCAGCCCAAAGAAAACAGGGGAGACGUUUCCUAAAGCCAAAGAGCAACAUCACAGACCCAUAAAGACAGAGAGUCUGGCACAGGAAGAAACACUGAGCAGGAACAGGAUGUCUCAGACACAGACAAAAACAGGAUCCACAAGCCCUCGGAAGUCUCCUCAAGCUGGACAGCCAGUGGCUUCGACACUGCGGCUUGCAGAGCAUCAACAAGGCCCUCAGAGGAGAUUAAAAGACUCUUCCAGCAGGGAGAGCUUGGAUCAUGAGACGAAAAACGGCAAAGGGGGGAACCUUGAGAUCAGGAGGCAUUCACAAAGACGGGAGAUGGAAGGGAGAGUAGAUCAACCCAGGCCUAGCCGUGAGCAGGAAAGUUUCAAAAGAAGGGGUGCAGAGGAGUCUCACUACAACAGAACAUCUCCUCAUACAGUCAGAGAGGGCGAGAAAGGUACAGGUAAAGACUCAGGGCAGAGAGAUGCUAAUGGGAAGUACAAACCAACAGAAGACAGGAGUACAAGUAAAGAAACCAUCAAGAAAAGAGAAUCUCUGUUAUAUUUGAAAGAAAUGUGGGGUAGCAAAGGUUCUAUUGUUCCGCCAAGAGAGGCAAAAGCAAGAGAUAGAUUUUCUUACUCCAAAGAAGCCAGUGGUAGGGAAGACUUUGGGGCCUCUGUAAACAGCUCUCCAGGGACCCCGCAGAGCCCAAAGGGACCUAUUAGCCCCGUCCUUUGGAAAGUGCCCAGCUCAGUCAAAAUCCUCUCCAAGGAAGAGGUCCUCCGUGACCCUUUGUGA